CCAUUGACAAAUAAAUGCAUCAUUGACCGUAAUUAACGAUAAUCGUUUGCUUCUUUCUAACGGAGAUGACGAGUAUAAUCGGCGCGACGUUACCGUACAAGUCACCGGAGAAAGCAAUUGCAUCUUCUUCGUAUUCAGCCGAGAACGAUUCGAGUCCUGUUGAUGCCGUUAUUUUCGCGGGAACUUCGCUGGUUCUCGGCACCGCCUGUAGACAUUUGUUUAACGGCACUAGAGUUCCGUACACCGUCGUUCUUCUCGUCAUCGGCAUUGUUCUCGGAUCUCUAGAAUAUGGAACUAAUCAUAAUCUUGGGAAGCUCGGCCAUGGAAUCCGUAUCUGGAAUGAUAUAAACCCUGACCUACUUUUGGCUGUUUUUCUCCCUGCUCUUCUUUUCGAGAGCUCGUUCUCCAUGGAUGUGCACCAGAUCAAGAGGUGUAUGGUGCAAAUGGUUCUGCUUGCUGGCCCUGGAGUUCUGAUUUCUACCUUUUGUCUUGGAGCUCUUAUAAAGCUCACUUUUCCAUAUAACUGGGACUGGAAAACAUCAUUGUUGCUUGGAGGACUUUUAGGAGCUACCGACCCCGUGGCUGUUGUUGCUCUGCUAAAGGAGCUUGGUGCUAGUAAGAAGAUGACCACUUUAAUUGACGGGGAAUCUCUGAUGAAUGACGGGGUAUCAGUUGUGGUUUUCCAGUUAUUCUUCAAGAUGGUGAUGGGGCAUAACUCUGAUUGGGGUUCCAUAAUCAAAUUUCUUGUCCAGAACUCAUUUGGAGCUGUAGGCAUUGGUAUAGCUUUUGGAAUUGCAUCAGUUUUUUGGCUUAAAUUUAUAUACAAUGACACGGUGGUGCAGAUCACUGUAACACUUUCAGCGAGCUAUUUCGCUUAUUACACUGCGCAAGAGUGGGCUGGGGUUUCUGGAAUUUUGACUGUGAUGAUUUUGGGGAUGUUUUUCGCUGCAUUUGCAAGGACAUCAUUUAAAGGUGACAGUCACCAGAGUCUGCAUCACUUCUGGGAAAUGGCCGCUUAUAUUGCAAAUACGUUGGUUUUUAUACUCAGUGGAGUUAUUAUUGCUGAAGGCAUUCUUAGCGGUCGGACAAUAUCUUACAAAGGAAACUCGUGGGGCUUCCUUUUCCUCUUAUACUUGUAUGUCCAACUUUCCCGCUGUGUUGUGGUUGGAGUUCUGUACCCAUUGCUAUGCCGUUUUGGCUAUGGCUUGGAUUGGAAGGAAUCCAUCAUACUCACGUGGUCUGGAUUAAGGGGUGCUGUUUCGCUGUCGCUCGCUCUAUCUGUAAAACAAUCAAGUGGAAAUUCAUAUCUCAGUUCGGAUACGGGAACAAGGUUUCUAUUCCUCACAGGUGGAAUUGUUUUCCUAACUUUGGUUGUUAAUGGAUCCACUACCCAAUUCCUCUUGCACCUUCUUCGCAUGGACACUUUAACGGCCACUAAGAAACGAAUAUUGGAGUAUACAAAGAUUGAAAUGAUGAAGACCGCUUUAAAAGCUUUUGAAAAUCUAGGAGAUGACAAGGAGCUUGGAUCUACUGACUGGCCGACAGUUAUAAGACAUAUUUCAAGCUUGAAAGAUUUAGAAGGGAGACAAAUUAAUCCUCACAAUGGGUACGAAGCUGGAAGUCUUGACCCUACUAAUAUAAUGGACAUACGUAUACGCCUCUUAAAUGGUGUCCAGGCAGCUUACUGGGAGAUGCUUGAUGAUAGGAGAAUAACACAAUGUACUGCCAAUGUUUUGAUGCAAUCAGUAGAUGAGGCACUUGACCUUGUUUCUACCAGUUCUUUAAGCGACUGGAGGGGUUUAGAACCACAUGUUCAUUUCCCAAAUUACUACAAGUUUCUUCAAUCAAAAAUGAUCCCCCGCAAGUUGGUCACGCAUUUGAUCGUUGAAAGACUGGAAUCUGCUUGUUGCAUUUCCUUUGCAUUUCUAUGUGCCCAUAGGAUUGCGCGACAGCAAUUGCAUGAAUUCCUAGGUAACAGUAACAUUGCUUCUACUGUAAUCAAUGAAAGUGAGGGGGAAGGAGAUGAAGCAAAACAGUUCUUGGAAGAUGUCCGUAAUUCAUUUCCCCAGGUUUUGAGUGUUUUGAAAACAAGACAAGUAACACAGUAUGUGCUGAAUCAUCUAAAUGGUUAUAUCAAAAACCUUGAGAAGGUUGGGCUGUUAGAAGGGAAAGAAGUUUCUCAUCUUCAAGAUGUUGUUCAGUCUGACUUGAGGAAGCUCUUGAGAAAUCCUCCUUUACUAAAACUUCCAAAUAUAGACGAUCUAAUCACCAGCAAUCCUUUAUCGAAAGAUCGCUCAAGCUUCAGGAGUUUGGCCAUUGGCGAGACAGAUGCAUGAACUGAGACUUUAGGUAUCCUUGUCAGAAUCAAGUAGAGGAGUAAACCCAGGUUUCAGGACCGAGUCAUGAACUCGUUUGUAUGCUUAUACUCUUCUUCUUCUUUUUAUGACCAAAAACAAAAACAGUCCUUCCGUAUAUUUUUACUUGUUGGUAUAGUUUUACUUGUAGAUUGUGGAUUUGUGAACAAAAAAGUUCGCAUUAUUUUCAUUUUAAACGCAUAUACACUAAAUAAUUACGCUUAUCAAAGCAAAAAGUA